AUGGAGGAUUACCACAAACCUGACCAGCAGACAGUGCAGGCGCUGAGGAACAUCGCCAACCGCCUCCGAAUCAACUCCAUCAAGGCAACGACUGCGGCGGGCAGUGGACACCCCACAUCAUGCUGCAGUGUGGCAGAAAUCAUGUCUGUGCUUUUCUUCCACACCAUGAAGUACCGCCCUGAAGACCCCAGGAAUUUCAACAAUGAUCGCUUCAUCCUGUCCAAGGGUCACGCUGCUCCGGCCCUGUAUUCCAUGUGGGUUGAAUCAGGUUUCCUGAAGGAGAGCGAACUGCUCAGUUUGUGCCAGGUUGACUCUAACCUGGAGGGCCACCCAACCCCAAAGCAGAACUUUGUUGAUGUAGCUACUGGCUCCUUGGGGCAGGGUCUUGGUGUGGCUUGUGGAAUGGCUUACACUGGGAAAUAUUUUGACAAGUCCAGUCUACCUAUUCUCCACCUCAGUUACCGUGUGUACUGCCUGCUGGGGGAUGGCGAGAUGUCGGAGGGAGCUGUCUGGGAGGCCAUGUCAUUUGCCUCCUACUACCAGCUUGACAACCUGGUGGCUAUCGUGGACAUCAACCGCCUGGGCCAAAGUGACCCUGCUCCCCUGCAGCAUCACGUGGAGAAAUAUCAGAAACGCUUUGAAGCUUUUGGUUGGCAUGCUAUAAUUGUGGACGGACACAGCGUGGAAGAGCUUUGCAAGGCUCUGAGCCAGCCACGCCAUCAACCCACUGCCAUCAUUGCAAAAACCAUCAAGGGCAAAGGCAUUCCAGCUGCAGAAGAUAAGCUAGGCUGGCAUGCCAAACCUCUGCCCAAAGACAUGGCCGAGAUGGUUAUGAAGGAUCUGCAGAGCCGCAUCACAAACAGCAGCAAGCACCUGUACCCACCUACUCCCGUCGAGGACUCCCCACCGGUCAGCCUGAGAAACAUCAGGAUGCCCAGUGCACCUAGCUACAAGGCUGGAGAAAAGAUUACAACACGGAAAGCAUAUGGGAUGGCUUUGGCCAAGCUUGGCCGCUACAAUGAACGUGUUGUGGCCCUAGAUGGAGACACCAACAACCUCACCUACUCAGAGAUCUUCAAGAAUGAGCAUCCAAACCGCUUUGUCGAGUGCUACAUUGCACAGCAGAAUAUGGUCGGCGUUGCCAUGGGAUGCGCUGCCCGUGAGAGGAAUGUCGUGUUUGCCAGUACUCUUGCUUCCUUUUUUACCCGCGCCUAUGACCAGCUUCGCAUGGCAGCCAUCUCAGAAAGCAGCAUCAACCUGUGUGGCUCCCACUGCGGCCUGUCCAGUGGAGAGGAAGGCCCCUCUCUGAUGGGUCUCGAGGACAUUGCUAUGUUCAGGGCCCUUCCCACAGCAACCAUUUUCUAUCCGAGUGACGGGGUGUCUACAGAGAAGGCUGUGGAACUGGCUGCAGCCACAAAGGGUGUUUGCUACAUCCGAACCAGCCGCCAAGACAGCGCCAUCAUCUAUAACAGCAAUGAGGACUUCCAUGUGGGACAGGCAAAGGUGGUGUUCCAGAGCAAAGAGGACCAGGUAACCGUGGUGGCAGCUGGAGUGACUUUGCAUGAGGCCCUGGCUGCAGCUGAACAUUUAAAGAAAGAGAGGAUCUCAGUCAGGGUCAUUGACCCCUUCACAAUCAAACCACUGGAUGUCAAAACCAUCAUUGAUCACACACGUGCCACCAGGGGACGAAUCCUCACCGUAGAGGACCACUACUAUGAAGGUGGCCUCGGGGAGGCAGUGUGCUCAGCAAUGGUCAAUGAGUCUGGCUUCAAUCUCCAUCGUCUGGCUGUGUCCCAUGUUCCCCGCAGUGGCAAACCACACGAGUUGCUCAAGAUCUAUGGCAUCGACCGUGAUGCCAUUGCCCAGGCCGUCCGCAAGAUGCUCAGCAGCUCUACCAACGCCAAGUAACUUUC